CCCUGGCGCCUGGUUUGCCCUCUCCGGUCAGUCGGUCGGAGCCGGCCCAAUCUCCAGGGCCGAAGCGGAGACUUAACCGGCCGGACGCGUGCGGGGACCGCGGGACCAGAGCUGGCAGCGGAAGAGCCAGUGAUUCUCCCGCUCGCGCCUGCACCGCCCAGAUGCCCGUCCAGCCUCCAAGCAAGGACACAGAGGAGAUGGAAGCAGAGGGCGACUCAGCCGCCGAGAUGAAUGGGGAGGAGGAGGAGAGCGAGGAGGAACGGAGCGGCAGCCAGACCGAGUCCGAGGAGGAGAGCUCAGAGAUGGACGAGGAGGACUACGAGCGGCGCCGCAGCGAGUGCGUCAGUGAGAUGAUGGACCUGGAGAAGCAGUUCUCGGAGCUGAAGGAGAAGUUGUUCAGGGAACGACUGAGUCAGCUGCGGGUGCGGCUGGAGGAAGUGGGAGCUGAAAGGGCACCCGAAUACACGGAGCCCCUGGGGGGCCUGCAGCGGAGCCUCAAGAUUCGCAUUCAGGUGGCAGGGAUUUACAAGGGCUUCUGUCUGGACGUGAUCAGGAAUAAGUAUGAGUGUGAGCUGCAGGGAGCCAAGCAGCACCUGGAGAGUGAGAAGCUGCUGCUGUAUGACACGCUGCAGGGCGAGCUGCAGGAGCGGAUCCAGAGGCUGGAGGAGGACCGCCAGAGCCUGGACAUCAACUCUGAGUGGUGGGAUGACAAACUGCAUGCCAGAGGCAGCUCGAAGACAUGGGACUCCCUGCCACCCAACAAGAGGAAGAAGGCGCCUCUCGUUUCCGGCCCUUACAUCGUGUACAUGCUGCAGGAGAUCGACAUCCUGGAGGACUGGACAGCCAUCAAAAAGGCGAGGGCAGCUGUGUCCCCUCAGAAGAGAAAAUCAGAUGGACCUUGACCCUGCUCUUCACAGCCAGGGGGGCCCUUGGAGCAGCUGGCACCAAACCCAGGACUUGAACUUGCCUGCUGCAGAAAGGCAGACUGGCAGGCCCCUCAGGGUCUGCCCAGCCAUCUCUCCAGUGCUGCUCCGGGGUCCUCUGCUCCAGCCAUCACUGGUCUGGGCUCCUCCUCUGCCCUCCCCGGGGCCUGAACAGCCAAGGCCUGGAGCUGCCCGAGGC